GCCCCAGUCCACCUCGAAUGCCUUGACCUUGGUCAAAAAUCCUCAGAAAGUAUAUUCCCACAUCUUAUCUGUCAAGAGUUCUUUCGCUUGUCUCUUGUCUCUCCCAUACUAUUGCACUGCUUCAGUUCUGUUGACCAGUUACUCGUUGCAUUCUUGACCCCGCCCGCGAACUAGGCCAUUGCACCAACAGAUUGAUUGGCACGGCACUGGAUCGCGCCUGUACGCACUUGAAUUACACUCCUGCCUCAGGUGACAAGCGAGAGCAAGAGAAAACGUACCAGGAUGCAGGCCCUUCGCGAGAAGCUCAAAGGUCAGCCUUGUCGACCCUCCAUGCCCGAACAGGUAGAUGAUUAUCCCCCUUCUAGAUUCCAAGCUGCACGAUGCCAAAAUCGAGGCCAUCCAUUUCAAGCACAAGAUUGGCAAGCUCAAGAACCUGGUCAACAAGAACCAUCGCCAUGACGAGGCGCAUGAACAAGAGACGGACCGGAAGAGGACGGCCAUCUGCGAGUCCCAUCGCUUCGAGUCCUUCUUCCCCGAGCGCGAAAACAACCGCAUCAAAUGGUAUGUCGAUGGUCGCGACUACUUCUGGGCCGUCUCGGUAGGUCUAGAAAAUGCUAAAGAGACCAUCUACAUUGCCGACUGGUGGCUAUCGCCCGAACUGUUCUUGCGCCGCCCUCCCUUUUUCAACCAAGAAUGGCGUCUUGAUCAAACCAUCAAGCGUGCCGCUGAGCGUGGGGUUCAAGUCUACGUGAUCGUCUACAAGGAGGUCCAGCAAGCCUUGACCUGUAACUCGGCCCAUACGAAGCAUGCCUUACGAGCACUUUGCCCCGAAGGCAGUCCUGGCCACGGGAAUAUCCACGUCCUGCGCCACCCGGACCACAAUGUGUUUGAGAACCUUGGUGACAUGACCUUCUACUGGGCGCACCAUGAGAAGUUUAUUGUUAUUGACUACCACCUUGCAUUCAUCGGAGGCCUAGAUCUCUGCUAUGGGAGGUGGGAUCUCCGUCAGCAUCUUUUGGCGGAUGUCCACCCCUCGGGAGUGGUCAAUGAAAUCUUCCCAGGACAAGACUUCAAUAACAACAGAAUCAUGGACUUCCACACGGUGGAGGAUUGGUCGAACAACGAGCUCAACAAGACCGACUACGGCAGAAUGCCAUGGCAUGACGUCGCAAUGGCUCUCAUCGGCGAGUCUGUGUUAGACAUUGCCGAACAUUUUGUACUGAGAUGGAACUUUGUCAAACGAGACAAAUACAAGCGAGACGAGGGUGUCGACUAUCUGUGUAUGUCUACUCGAGCAAAGGCGGAUGGCUCCAACCCGGACGAAGACCUCAUUGCGAUACAGAGGCCAAAACAUCCAGUGGGAAAGUAUAUCGAACAUCCCCUCAGUCCGCUCGAGGGCAAGGGUCUCCAGAACGCCGGCACUGUCCAUGCGCAGUUGGUUCGUAGCAGCGAUGACUGGAGCAGUGGCAUCCUCCUCGAUCACAGUAUUCAAACCGCCUACGUGGAAGUGAUCGAAAGUGCCCAGCACUAUGUCUACAUUGAAAACCAGUUCUUCAUCACCGCGACCGGCGAGCAUCAGUCGCCUGUCCACAACCGAAUCGGCCGAGCAAUAGUCAACGCCUGCCUCCGUGCUGCAAAGGAAAACCGCAAAUUCAGAGUCAUCAUCCUCAUCCCUGCCAUACCAGGCUUUGCAGGCGAUCUUCGUAGCGAUGCCGCCAUCGGUACAAGGGCCAUAAUGGAUUACCAGUACAAGAGCAUCAAUCGCGGUGAACAUUCCAUCUUUGGACAGCUGAAAGCGGCUGGGGUGGAUCCGACCCAGUACAUCUUCGUCUUCAAUCUGCGCGCUUACGACCGCAUCGACAAGACCCCGUCACUCAUUCAACAGGAGAAAGAGUCUGGAGUCUCCUAUCAACAGCUCCAGCGCGCCGAAGCAGAGGAGAUCAUGGGUAGCGGCAUCCAUGGCUAUGAAGGUGAAAAGACUGAGAAGGAAUCCCGCGGUACAGGCUCCCAUGUCAGUGAAGAUGAGCAACACGCCAUCAUCGACCGGAAACGUCGAUUCGAGGCUGCACGCAAGAAACUCGAUGUCAAAGACCCCGUCACCUCUGCCGAAUCGAUUGCCGAAGACGCCAUGGCUCGCGGCGGGCUCGUCAGCGAAGAACCAUGGGAGGGCGAACCGGAGGCCGAAAAGGACAACUUCGUGCAAGAGGAACUGUACAUCCAUGCGAAAUUGCUGAUUGCAGACGACAAGACGGUGAUUUGCGGGUCGAGCAACAUCAACGAUCGCUCUCUCAUGGGCUCGCACGACUCGGAACUCGCUAUCGUCAUGACCGACACCAAAGUUCUUGAGUCGACGAUGGACGGCAAGCCCUACCAAGCAGGCUACCACGCUGCCAGUCUCCGUCGGCAUAUUUGGCGCGAACACUUAGGACUGAUCGAAGCGCAGUCCGUGGACGCCUCGAAUGACCCUAACGCUCAGCCGCCAACCGUCUGCAUGAACGACGAGUACUCCGGUGAAGAAUGGGAGUUUGUCGCCGACCCCUUGUCUGACGUGCUGUGGGAAAAAUGGACAACCCAAGCGACGACCAACACUGACGUCUACCGCUACCUGUUCCGCGCAGACCCGGACAACCAUAUCAAGACGUGGAAGGAUUACGACGACUUUGCACCCCGCAAGACGAUCAAACAGGGCCAUCUGCACGAUCCUCAUAUGCCGGUAGAGCUUGUCCGGAAGGAACUGGACAAGAUUAGGGGACAUCUCGUUUGGAUGCCCCUAGAUUUCUUGUGCGAGGAAGAGAUGGCAGAGAGAGGUAUACAAGUUAAUGCGUACACCGAGAGUGUAUACACUUGAUUGAAGAUUCAAAACAACGUGCCUCCGCAGCUGGAACAGGGACUUUAGGGGAACGGGAGGCAAGGUAGGCUCGGGCUAUUCUCAUUCAGAUGCUCGGUGAGUGGUGAGGUAAGAAUGACGCUCAUGGUGCGUGCAUACCGUGCACAAAGCGGGAAACUGAUCGAUGGUGCGCUUGGGGAGGGAGGGGGGUUUGCCAAAAUUCCCAUCAAUGUCGCUGGGAUUGGUAUUACUGCGGCUGCGGGCAGUCAGGCCUGAUGACGGGUCAAAAGGUAGGGAUGGUGCCCAGGGCAGGAAGAUUGAGAAAUUGCCAUGUCGUGGCGCAUCGACUGUUGAUGCUUCAGAACACUAUUUUCCUCUGCCUCUGUCUCUGUCUCUGUCUCUAGGUACACCUCUCUUUACCCCUCUCGAGUCUCGAUCGCCUCGCCCCUCAGGAGAGCGGGACAGAUUUGUCAUUUCCUCCCUCUGCCUGUGUAUCGAAUUGAUUAAAUCGCCUCCUCGACGCGGGCUAGGGCUAGACAUCUCGACACGAUACGCCGCGAUCCAAAGGCUUUGCUUUCGUUUUACGAACAGUCAAACAUCCAGGGUGUUGGGUGUCCG